AUGCGCGCGAUCGUCAGAAGCGGGGAAAAGCGGCGCGUCCCCAAGCGGGUUGCAGCGCUUUGCGUCAAGCCAACUGCACCGCUCUUCCCAGCAGGCCGGUCGCAGAGCCGCAUUGCUCCCACCCUUCACCAGCAACCUCCCGCGCCGCUCUGGGGAAGGAUUCAGGCGGUCACCGAAACAAUGAGCAGCAGCACGUUCAGCCCCGCUUCCAGCGGCAGCGCCGCAUCAGCCUCGUCGUCGCGCCGAUCCGACGCCCAGCAGACGCUGGAGGCCUAUCUGCAGGACGGCGCGCGGUCGUACCGGCCCCCAAUCGACGCAUGGCAGGACAGCACCGCCGGAUUCACUGAGCGUAUCGCCACCAAUUACUCCUUGCCGCAGGCUGCCCACAGCCUUCAUUACGCCGAAGUCGACCACCAAUACCCGUACCCGACCUCCAUCUCGCUCAGCAAGAGCUCCAUGGCGCCCUCGCAGACGCAGCCCCCACAGGUCCAUAACCGCGCCCCAUCCACUGUCGCCUCAGCCUCGCGCUACUCGUCGUGCGGCCCGCCCUCGCUCGUCUACGACGACCACACCUCGUACGCCGAGUCAUCCGUCGACACCGAGUACGGCAAGAUCGUGCAGGGCGUGCGCCUGCUGGAGCCCGACGUCGACGGCGCCCUGGUGCAGCCGCAAGUGAGCACCGCCCCGGUCUACGAGUGUACCUUCAAUUUCCUCGGCUGCCGCUUCAUGACGCCCGACGAGGCCGACUGGCGCCUGCACAACCUCAGCCACUUCCACGGCAACGUCCCGCCGCGCUCCGUCGCCUGCCCGCUCUGCGACUUUGGCUUCGACGCCGACGACGGCCGCACCGCCUGGGAGGCGCGCAUGAGCCACCUGGCCGCCCACGUCCGCAUGGGCGAGACGCUGGCCACCUCGCGCCCGGACUUCAAGCUGUUUCGCUACCUGUGGCAGAAGCGCAUCAUUGACGACGCCGAGUAUAAGGAAUUGAACGGCCGCGGCACCCUGGCCGCGCGCUCUCAUCCUGAGGAUCCGUCGCAUACCACCGAGGGGCCUCGUUUUGACGAGCGGCGAAGGCGUGUGCCACGGUACCCUCGACCUAACAGAAUGUACUGA